AUGAAGGAAGAUGAAGAUGACAGAACAGUUUUGGAUCUUGCUGUCGUUUUGUUUGAAACAGCGACACUUCGGUCAGGGUAUCUUUUACUGGACACUAAAGCAUAUGGAGAUAGGAUAGAAAGAAUGCUUCGCCUCAGCUUAAACAUUGACCCUGACACAAAGGUGGAAGAAGAGCCCAAAGAAGAACCUGAAGAAACAACAGAAGACACAGAGCAAGACGAGGAAGAAGACAUGGACGCAGGGACCGAGGAAGAAGAACAAGAAACAGCAAAGGAAUCUACAGCUGAAAAAGAUGAGUUGUAAAUUAUACUUUAACCAUUUGGAUCCUGUGUGAAGAGGGAAUGUGAAAUUUAAGUCAUUUCUUUUGGGAGAGACUUGUUCUGGAUGCUACCCCCAGUCCCUUCCUCCCCUGCACUGUAAAAUGUUGGGAUUGUGGGUCACAGGAAGAAGUGGGUUUUUUAGUUGAUUUUUUUUAACAUUCUUCUUGAAUGUAAAUUUGUACUAUUUAACUGACUAUUCUUGGUGUAAAAUCUUGUCAUGUGUAUAAAAAUAAAAAAGA